AUGUGGGGCGUGCGGUCUCCGGUGAAGCCUCUGCAGAUCAUCACUCCACAUGGGAAACAGACCAAAGACGGAAAGAAACAGGAGCUUUGUCGACCAAUCCUGAAAGUGGAAUACAAGAGCUCCAGGGCGGGAGAGUCCUUCCUGGUCCUCUCUGGAGGUCUUUCGUAUGAGACCAUGGGUCGCAGAAGAGCCUGCCUCACAGUGAUGCACGGGAAGAGCACAGCAGUGUUAGAGAUGGACUCAGGCAUCGUGGACUUCAUCACUCUGUGCGAGACCCCCUACCCCAACGACUUCCAGGAUCCGUACGCGGUGGUGGUUUUGCUGGAGAAGGAUUUGGUCGUGCUUGACCUGGGGCAGAUUGGGUACCCCCCGUUUGAGAACCCCUACCCCUUCAGCCUGCAUGAGUCCCCGGUCACCUGCUGUGAGUACUUUGCAGACUGUCCGGCAGAACUGAUCCCAGCUCUGUACUCUGUGGGGACCAGGCAGAAGAGACCAGGACUCAGCAAGAAGGAGUGGCCGAUCAGUGGAGGAAACUGGGGCGAAGGAACUCAGAGCUUUGCAGAAAUCAUCGUCACAGGACACGCCGACGGAACCAUAAAGUUCUGGGACGCCUCGUCUUUGAUACUUCAUGUCCUCUACAAGCUUAGAACAGCCAAAGUGUUUGAGCGCACGCAGCCGAGUGUGGACCGAGGCGGGGACAAGACCCUUGACAAGACCCUGGACAAGACCCUGGACAAGACCCUGGACAAGACCCUUGACAAGACCCUGGACAAGACCCUGGACAAGACCCUUGACAAGACCCUUGACAAGACCCAUGACCAGACCCUGAACAAGACCCAUGACCAGACCCCAGACCAAACCCCGGACCAGACUCCAGACCAAACCCCGGACCAGACCCCGGACCAGACCCCGGACCAGACCCCGGACCAGACCUCGGACCAGACCUUGGACCAGACCUUGGACCAGACUGGAGACCAGAAUGCAGACACAGACGAGGUCAAAACCGUGGACAAGAAUGUCGACCGUGGCACGGACCAGAACGUAGACCGGACCUCAGACCGGACCUCAGACCGGACCACAGACCGGACCGGGGAGGGCCUGGACUUGCUGGAUGAGGACCCGUUUGCGGUUCAGUGCGUGAGGUGGUGUGUGGACAGUCGGCUGCUGUGCGUCGCCGGAGUCUCCGCUUACAUCAUCGUCUAUCGUUUCAGCAAACAGGAAGUGACGCAAGAGGAAAUACAGCUGUUGGAGGUGCGAAUGCGCAGUGACGCCUCGGACUGUGCGGUGGACUCUCCGGAGGUGGGGGGAGAUCAGUGUCCUCCUCUGCCCCAGAACGCUUCCCUUUCCAGCCCAGAGGAGAACCAGGACCCCCGUGACCUCAGCAGGACCACCUCCAGUGAGGGGGGUGGAGCCAAGAACCACAAGGACGGCACUGCCUCUCUACAGGUCCGGUCAUCUGCGCUGAAGCAGUCUGCAGGUUUUCAUGUGCAGCUGGUUGUACAGUUGGCGUGGGUUAAUGGAGAGCCGCCUCAGCCAAUCACGAGCCUCGAUAUCAACUCUUCCUUCGGCCUCCUGGUGGUUGGCAGUGGGGCGGCUGUGGCUGUGGUCGACAUCGUUCAGAAGAAGUUGGUCCUGAACCUGAGCGUGGCAGAACUCUACAGCUGUGAACUGAAGCAGCCGCGCUCCCCCAGGAAGAGCAGGGCGCCCUCUUCAGCUCUGUGCGACGCUAACGAUGGAACUGCCGCCACAGAGGAGCGCUGCCGAUCGCCCACUUCAGGCUCCUCCCCUUGUAACUCUGACGAUGAGCGCAGACACAAGUUCAUUCAGAAGGUGAAAUCGAAGAGCAGGACGUUCUCUCGCUCCGUGGCCUCAGACUUCGCAAAGAUUUCCCGCAGGAUUAGCUCGUCUGACGCGGCACAGAAGAGGCGCAGUGCCACCACAAGGAGGCGCUGUCCCAAUGAUAGCAGCAGCAACCACCCCAGGGAGCCUGCGUUCAGCCGCUGCUCCAGCGUCAGCAGCAUAGACUCACGUGAGGCCGUGUCAGUGUGUUAUUUUGGGGAAAGUUUUGCACGUCGCGGGGACAGUGCUCCUGGACCCUGUCUGAUGGUGGGGACCACACAGGGGACGGCGGCCAUUUUGUCUCUGAGUGUCCCGUCUGCAGGAGACCAACGACACAGCCUCAGUGGGACCACCUGCGGUGUCGUCUCCCAGUUAGGAGGCGCACUCCUCCUCUGUGCGCUCCUGGACUCCUCCGGCUCUCUGCUGCCUCCUCCCUUUGAGCCGUGGUUUGACACCAACGCAUCAGAUGAGGAGAAGGAGCGAGCGAAGAGGAGGCGACCUGCCACGCCUCCUGGAGGCGCAGACGGGCAGGAGGCGCAGCUCCUCCUGCUGUGCUCAGAGAAGCAGAUCAAAGUGCUGGCUCUCCCGUCGCAGAACCGACUCUACAAACACCGCGUCACCGACACCUCCUUCGUGCUGCACGCAGACGCCGUGGCGGUGGGCGGAGCCAACUGCGUCAUGUGCUUCUGUGCCGACGGAACCAUCCUGGCACUCAGUCUGCCCAGCCUGCGCCCCCUGCUGGCCGUCCCCUUCCUCCCCGUCACAGACAUGAGGAUCGCUCGGACCUUCUGUUUCUCUCACUGUGGUCAGGCCCUGUACCUGUGCUCCCCCUCUGAGGUCCAGAGGCUCAGCUACAGCAGGGAGACCAGCGAGCAGACCCAGGAGAUGCUGAGUGAGCUGUUCACUGCGGUGGAGACGCCUGAGGCUCCGAACAGAGGCUUCUUCAAAGGACUGUUCGGAGGCGGAGCCCAAUCCCUGGACCGAGAGGAUCUGUUUGGAGAAGCUGCCGCGGGGAAAGCAUCCCGCAGUCUGGCGCAGCACCGUCCUGGUCCUGGUCCUGAGGGUCUGGAGACUGUGAAGGGAGCAGCCUCAGGGGUGGUGGGGGACCUGGCCCGGGCCCGAGUGGCUCUGGACGAGAGAGGACAGAAGCUGUCGGAGCUGGAGGACCGCUCGGCGGCAAUGAUGGCGAGCGCUGACUCCUUCUCCAAGCACGCUCACCACAUGAUGCUGAAAUACAAAGAUAAGAAGUGGUAUCAGCUCUGA